AUGUAUUAUGCGCAUUAUUGUUGGGCGACAUUAACCGUACCUUAUGCAAUUAUAUCUAGUAGUCAAAGUGCUUUCAUCCCGGGAAGGUCCAUUGUUGACAACACCCUCAUGGUGCAAGAGUUGUUAUGUGGUUAUAGAAGACGUUCUCUUUAUCCACGUUGUUCUUUGAAAAUUGAUUUGCAUAAGGCUUUUGAUUCUAUUGAUUCAAAUUUUAUUUUGAGGAUAUUGGAUGCUUUGGGGAUGCCUCUUGUUAUGAUUGGUUGGAAUAAAGAGUGUAUUACCACUCCUAGAUCCUCUGUUUCCUUGAAUGGAGGCUUGCAGGGUUCUUUCAAGGGUGUGAGUAGUGGAGGUCUUGAGGAUAUCCUUGAUUCCAUGGGUGUUAAGAGGGGAUGCCUUUCUGUGAAGUAUUUGGGUAUUCCUCUUGUCUUGAAUAGGCUCUCUAUUCGUGACUGUACGCCGCUUAUUGAUAAGAUUACAGCUAAGCUUUAA